GUUACUGCGGUCAGCUGAUAUCAGCGCAAGUACUUUCCAAUGGGAUUCGGCGCACCGCUGUCUACGUGACAUCAUACGUCCAUUGUGACCUAAUCGACAAACGUUAUUUUUCUCGUGCUUGUAUCCCGGAAGGUUGACGACCGACUUCAGCGGUGAAAUAAUACAAAAACAUAACUGUAAGGUAACGGAGAGGAUCAUAUCUGGGGGAGUCGUUCAACGGAGGAAAAAUUCAUCCGAAGCCUUCUUACUUGUUCUCAGGAACCCCCUUCACUUCCAGUGUGUAGAUGAAUUACGAACAGCCUCCACCCUACGCAGGGCCUGGCGCUCCAGCCCCGGGAUACCCCCCUCCAUCAGCUCCCGGAUACCCGGCUCAAGGGUACCCUCCUCAAGGAUACCCUCCUCAGGGAUACCCUGCACAGCCAUACCAAGGAUUUCCAGCUCACACCGAGCAGCCUAACCCUGGUUACCCAAACUACCCUCCUGGACCUCAGGGAUCAUACCCAGUCGAUCCGGGAUACCAGGGCUACCCUCAACCGCAAUAUGGAGGACCUGCAUAUGGUGAACCCCCUAAAAACACUGUGUAUGUUGUGGAACAGGGAAGGAGAGAGGACUCCGGGGACCAGGCUUGUCUAACUGCAUGUUGGACAGCGCUGUGUUGCUGCUGUCUGUGGGACAUGUUGACCUAGAAUUGUAAAGAAACCACUGUGAGCCCCGCUAUCAUUUCACUCCAUCUUUCACUCCACGACAAUCAUUAUUUGUGUAUGACUACUGAAAAAUAUUAGAUUUUUUCUGUUUUAACAUCAAGAGUGGGGAACUUAUUUUUACGCCUUUAAUGUCAAGCACGAUAUGCACUGAGAGACAUUUACAUCUGAUUUAACACGUUGGUCUUAUUUGUAGCUGCAUAUUAGUUUGAAUGUUUUUAUUAUUUGUGUAUUGAAAAAUGCAAAUUUAACCUCUUUAUUAAUGAAUGCAAAUAUUGCUUGAACAUAGACCAGAUUUGAGAAUCAAAUAUGGCCUUGCAGAGUCUGUGAAUGUUUAAUCUGUCGUAAUAAAAAAUGUUUGUUUCUAUUCAUUAAAAUAAUGGAAAUGA